AUGGCACUGGGGGAGCUGCAUACGAAGCCUCGGUGCGCCAUCUGCAUUCUGCUAACACUUGUAGCAACGCUGUCUGGCAGCUUCGUUCAGUGUCUGCAUAUGGAUGUCGAGAAGAAAAGGGAGCAUCAAUCUUUCAGAGUUAAGAAAUCUAAUGAUGGAGAUGCAGUUCUUUCAGUCUCUUUAUUGCAUGCAUCAGCUUUGCAAUCAGUUCUGACUUCUGAGAAAUCAGUGUCUGAAAUACCUGAAACAAUGGAUGACUUCUUCUGCAAUUUCCUGGUCAGCUUGGGAAUGUCCAGAACCCUUGACUGCUUCCAAACUGAAUGGUAUGAACUCAUAGAGAGAGGUAUAAUCACAGCCAAAGAUGGUGGAUUGGUUCCAACUGUAUACACCUGUAACCAGCAUCUGGAGGCUGAGAAUAUGCGUUUGAGGAAGGACUUGGAAAACUACAAACUUGCUGCCAGCAAAGCAAAAGAGGCUUUCCUAAAAAUGCAAAAAGAACGUGACUUCCAUAGAAUGCAUCAUCAUCGGGUGGUCCAGGAGAAAAACAGGCUUAUUUGUGACAUUAAAAGGCUGAAGGCACAUUAUGAAUCAUAUGAACCAACACUGAGGCAGUUGAGUGAAAAAUACCAGACCACACUGAGACAGAAAAUGUUAACCAGUUUGGAAAGGGACAGAGCGGUUGGGCAGGUUAUAGGUUUGCAAGCCACAUUACAAGAUUUAGAGUCUGUAUUCGCGAUUCAGAUUCCUGUGACAAAAGCAGGCCAUGUAUAUCAAAGGAAGAAAGGGCUGGAAGGUCCCACCCAGAAAGCUCUUCAGGAAGCCAGGCAGCAAAAACACCUUGAUGCUGAAAGCUCUUUAUGUGAUCCAUUCAGAGAUGCAGGGAAGAAGAUAGGCAGGAGAGAUCCAAAGGAUUCAGAGUUUCAUGUUGAUACACGAGUGAGCCCAUACCUCGUUCAUGCUGAAGAAUAUACUCAACCCCUGAAAUCUGGAGAGUACAAACCGAGCAACCUUUUAAAAGUGCACGACUUAGCAGUGAGCUG